AUGAGCUCUGUUGCGGCUGCUCCAGCUGCUCCAGCUGCGUGGACGGCGCCAACCAUCUCCGUCCAGCGAAGUAGCAUCGACGCGGGACAGCUGCAGCAGCAACAGGCGCUGCGUGCAUCGACAGAAACCGCACAAGUAGAUCCGCAAUGGAAUAAUACGUUCUGGGUCACGCUCUCGGAUCCUCAGACGGGUGCUCAGUUUUACGCGUGUCCCGCCACGGGCGAGUGCUCCUGGGAGCCGCCAGUAGGCAAUUUUGUUCUUCCUCCAAACGAUCAAGGACAGUGGUGGGAGCUCAGCGACGAGACCCGCGGGGGUCUCCCCUACUAUUAUCACACCGUGACUGGCGAGACGAGAUGGGAAAAACCAGAGAAUGAAUUCGUAAUUCCUCUCCAAGUCAUCCAGACAACCACACUUGGCAGGCGACUAUCGGUAACAGCAAUGAACAAGCGCAACAGUCAGGCUAGAAAUGAUCCAUCUAUUCCAGAGACUGUGACAGAAACGACUGAGCGACUUUCCCAUGAGCAUCCGCGUGUACACCAGCGCGGAGAUGACGCGCCCAACACACGUCGCACAGUCAAACCAACGUCAGCUACCGGUGUGCUGAAUUCGACAAACGAAAUGCCAGCCACAGGUGGGAGCACCCAUUCAUCACCUCCAUCCCCUACCCGCCCAAACCGGGCUGCAGGAACACCGUACCACGUCUCUUCGCGCCAACAAAAUCUCAACGCUGCCGCCGAGAUUGUCGUUCGGUCUACUCGCUCGGGCAGCGUCGGUGGUCCUGGCAGCCGACCGAUCGAGGCUUCAAAGAGCGCCCCAAACUUCCGAGACCAAUAUUCUACUUCUGCCAACCAGUUUCCUCAGGAUCUCCAGGAUGCCGCUAGCCGACGUGCUGGUCCCUCGGGACAGCUCAGAAUACAAACCGACAACAACCUGCGCCAAGUCGCGUCUCACAGUGCCGUGAAUGAUCGACAUGGUGGAUUACCGUCCCCGCGUCGACUAGCAGCCUCGGUCCCACAGAAACUUCGCCCCAGACGAAACACGACUACAACCGUGGAUCAAAUCAGCGGCCCCAUGACUGGACCGAGCCAUCAUCAAAUGCCCUUAGCCGAUAUCGGUGGCGGUCCCAUCCUCGUCAAUUAUAAUCAGCCAUCGACGAAGCGCUUGAGCACUGGUGACCACCGAACACUACCUCGAAAUCUAGCCCAAGAAAUUCAGCAAUUUCAGGUGGCAGAUUUUGCAAAACGGUACUUUACCACGCAUCGAACCGGAUUGCUCUUCCGAAGGCGGAUACCAGUCGAGCAAUUGAUGGUCUGGCAAAAAGGUCCACUCUCAAGUCCAUUGCUCGUCCUCAACCGAUCUCUACACAAGGAUGCAGUCAAAAUCUUCAAGAUUAUACAACGCAUCAUGGGCGAUCGUCAAUCUGAUCGGCCGACGACCAGCCUGCGUAUGCAUAGCGAAACAGGCUACACCAGUGGGAGAGAAAGCGGUCGGGAAAGCGAGCAUAGUCACUACAAGGGCUCGAGCGGCUCGGUCAUCGAGGAAGAGCGGUGGCUCCUUCAAGAAGGUUUACUGCACGGCGAGCUACGCGACGAAAUUUACUGCCAAGUCGUCAAACAGCUUUCGGGUAACCCAUCACCUGACAGUGUUUUCCGAGGUUGGCAGUUGCUAUGCGUCCUGGUCAUCACGUUUCCUCCGUCAAAGAACUUUGAGGAUUACCUCAGGAGCUUUAUGCGGGAGCGAGCGAACCAUACAGAAGGUCGAAUCGACGUAAUGUCAAAGUAUUGUAUCGGCAAGCUGCGCGUUAUCACCAAAAAGGGUCCUCGAGGGAAAGCUCCGUCGCUCCAGGAGAUUGAGAUUGCACAAGAUGCGGCGUUCAACCCGUCGACGUUUGGCGAAUCCCUGUCAUCUAUUUUCCAACUCCAGCAGCGAACGUAUCCAAACGCCAAGAUUCCCAUCAUUCUCCCCUUUCUCGCUGACGGCAUUCUCGCUCUGGGUGGCAUGAAAGCCGAAGGAAUUUUUCGUGUCCCAGGCGAAAAUGACGUCGUGUCCGACCUUCGCCUCCGGAUUGAUAGAGGCUUCUACAAUCUGGACAACAUUGACGAUCCACACGUUCCGGCCUCGUUGCUCAAACUGUGGCUCCGAGAACUUCAGGACCCCCUGAUUCCGGACGAAAUGUACAACGAUUGUAUAUCGUGUGCAGAAGACCCAGAAAAGGUCACUCAGAUGAUUGCCUCUCUUCCGUCCAUCAACCGCCGCGUCAUCCUCUUUGUGAUCAGCUUUCUGCAAAAGUUCCUCGACGAACGGGUUAUGAAGCUAACCAAGAUGACGGCCGUCAACCUUGCUGUCGUUUUCGCACCCAACCUUCUUAGAUGUGCAUCAGACUCGAUGGCCGUAGUCUUUACAAACGCUAAAUUCGAGCAGACCUUUGUGCACAACCUUCUUUUGCACUGUAAUUGCGCGAAGAUGGAUCCCGAUUACGUGCCCACCCACGGACUCGGGCCUCAGUAG